AUGUCAGAUACAAGGAAGCAGAGAAACCGUGCCACUCUAGUCUGCCAGGUUUGCAAGCGGAGAAAAGUCAAAUGUGAUCGUGGCACGCCUUGUAAUAACUGCAUCAAAUCACAUAGAGAAGAUGAAUGCAUAUAUGAUUACGUUAGUAGUAGGAUAACGAAACCAAUUCCCCGAAAGAAGGCCAGUGUGUAUACAUCGAAAAAUGUGAGCCCACUUUCAGAAGCCAAUAUGGCAGAAAGUUAUAAAGACGAUGAGACUGUGUUAAACUAUCCUUUCAGCAUAAUUUCUGACAUUACUGUGUUCAGAAAACCGUCGAGGACACAAGCUCGAUGCAUGUCACAUGCAAAUAAGUUUCGCAAGGGGGGAUCACACUCUUUUCAGGUGUUAAUGUCAUUUUUCAGAUUAAUAGAUAGUGAAAGAAAACUUUGGAAGGACAGAAACUGGACAAGAAAUACUUCACAACCUGUAAUAACUAACCUUUGGACUAAUUCGAAUGAGAUGUUUUCCAGUUAUAAUGAAAUGAUUGAUAAGUUGAUUUGCCAAAACUACUAUGCCAUCCUUGAGCGUUUGAAUUAUUUUAACCUACAUCUCAAUGAGUUCCUUUUCAAUUCUUACAUACCAAUGGGUGCUGUUCACCUCAUUUUCCAUACUUACUUCAUUGUAAAGCAAGACGGGAUAACGUUUAAGAAACCCAAAAAGGCAUUUGAAUAUUCCUUGAUUGCAUUUAUUACCUCAUUGGUGGCAUUGACAAAUAUAUUCAGUAAAUGCGAUCAUAUGGCAUUUAAUUUUCCACUGAAUUCUGAAAAGAAUGACUUCAAUAGAGUGACAUUACUCUUAUUAAACGCUUCCAAUUAUAGAAGAAAGACUUCUAUCUUUGUGGUAUAUACAUUGCUAAACUUGAGAUUAUCAUUGUUAGUGUUUGGUGAUGAGCAAAGCGAUGGAAUGGCUCGUCAAAAUUCGUAUCCACUUUUUGAAUCUGCACUAAAUAUUAGUAAAGAGCAGGGUAUCCAUUUUGACAUUGAUCGAAUAUUCUAUGUUGAUAGAGACGAUGUUCCUUACUUGAAAAAGGAAGGAAGUUCCGAAAACGUAUCGUUUUUUAAGGCUGUUCCACUCGACUCACUCAAGGCUCUCUGGAACUAUUUGUUAGUCACGGAUGCAAAUUACUCUUACACUAUGGAAAUUCCACCCUGUAUAGAUGAUAGGUACUCUCAUGGCUUUUAUGAAAUGAAUACCCCCUUUGAUAAAUGCUUUAGCUCUUAUAUUAACACAGCCAGAAGUCACGCAAAUUUGUUGUUUUCACAGAAGAAAGUCACCUUAACUGAAGCAUUGGAUCAGAUAAAUAUUCUCUCGAAAUCAUUAUCCCUUUAUGAAAGUUUUGAAAACCUAGAUGUUUAUUUGAAGGAUGAACGUAAAUGGGGCAUUUUGAACAUGAAAAUCCAGAUCCUCGAUAGUUUAUCACGUCUAACAACCCACUUAUGUCUGAUACUGAAUGAAAAGAAUAUAAGCUCAAUUUUCCCUAGUGGAAUCUUAGAAGACCAGAGAAACAUGCGUAUAAUAUCUCAACUUAGAAAUGAACUGAAAGAGAAGUACCGACUAUCAUCUCUCCUGGGAUUAACCACCUUAUUCAGGAUAAUACAAUCAAAUCCGAGUGAAAAGUUCAUUCUUUACAUUCGCCAAGUAUUUUCAUACUGGGUAGGUAUCAAAAAUCUAGGAUAUCUCGACGCAGUCAUAGAAGAGGAUAUAUGCAAGAGAGAAAAUUUGGGUCUAUCAACCACAGUUCCCACAUCCGAAUCCUUCAAGCUGCCCGAAAUGCCUGUAUAUGACAUCUCAGCUAUGGAGAAUGCGUUGAUUAAUUAUGAUCCGGUGAAACAUGCGCCAAUAUUGAACUACAUUGAACAAAAGUUUAACCCCUUAGACCUGGCUUCUAUGUUGACCAAUAUCUACCAGAAAUCUAUCAUGGUGCCAUCUUUAGUUGCGGAUUACAAUUCUUUUAUUGUUGCAAAAAUUUUUUUGCUUGGUAUCUAUUUUUUAUAUUCAUACAUCAAAAGCAGCUCAUGUGUCACAUUUGACAUUACCAAGAAUUCAGAGAACUUGAAAGAAAUGACCAGAAACAUUAUUAAAAAGCAUUUAAAAGAAGGUAAAUUGGAUCAUCUAGUCCCAGCAGAAAGAAUUAUGAAAGAAAUGGAUGAAAAUACAGCACCUGGAAACAGAUGCCAUGGUACACAGGCUCCCACUCCAAGCGGGUCAAAACCGUUACAUAUUUGCUUGAACGACAAUGAUGGUUUUGCCACUCAGGAGCCGGAGGUAGAUAGUUUGUUUUUCGAUUUGUUCGAAGAUGUGAAUUUGAAAAAUAUAUUCGAUGAAAUAGAAUACUAUUUUGAUAAGUAA